UUGAGACAUUAAAGCAUCCAGACAAGAUUCUAUCUCGGCUUUUCUGGCUCUCCAGUCUUUACACUUACAGCAUUUGAAAGGUUCUCUUUCCAAACCUGCUUCCUUCAGCCUCUAUUCUUCAGAUCAUCAUCGUCCCAGGAAAGAACCAUUCUACAAGAAGAUUCAGGGUUUCUAAAAGUUGGAAUACAAGCAAAGUGACUGUUGAAACGCCUUUGCCUUUGCAUCAGGAUGUUGUGCUGCCGUAUCUUCAGUGUGCUGAUGGCAUCCUUGAGUAUCAGCUUACUUUUGAUGGCGCUCAGCACCGAUUACUGGAAAGUAUCAUUUGCUCCUGCUGGGACGUCCCACAGUGGGCUAUGGCAGUACUGCAUGAACACUGAGUUAGCCGAAAGAAAAUGCUUUGCUGUAAAUGAUGCAUUAGGUUACAUCAUAGCUACCCGUGUGUUUUUGAUUAUGGCUUCUCUGGUGGCGCUGGCAUUACACUUCUUCCUGAUUGCCACCUUCAUGCCUUCCGUGUGUGGCAUCCUAGGCAAACCCUUGAUCGCUUCCGUGACUGCCUUCGUGGCUGGACUCUUCAUUCUAAUAGCCCUAGCUGUGUAUACAGCUGAAACAUGGAAGGAGGAGACAUCACCUGAAAUCCAGGUCUCCUAUGAAUGGUCUUUCUACUUGGGAUGGAUCACUUUCCCCCUAUUUCUCUUGGCUGGCAUUUUCAACCACGUUGCCUCCUUGAACGCUCAGUCUUCUAGCUAUGAAAGAAUAUGAACGUCUUGAUCAACAAGAGAGCAAGCACAAUUGUACAGCUUUCUCUCAACAGAGAUGGUGCCUCGACUCUGCUUCCCCUGUACCAGUGCAACUCCCCAUCUCCAGGGCAUUGCUCAGCUAUACUUUUUUUUUGCUCACUUUCCAAAACUAUUAUCUUGUGUUUUAUAGAAAUUUUGGUAAAUAGGAAUAAUUUUGAUAAUUAGCUUGCUUGCCAAGUAAGGCUCUGAGUAUCACUUAUGGCAAUGUUUCUGGGAUUUGAAGUCCACAUAUUUUAAAGUGAUUAAGGUUGUGAAACGCUGACCUAUGGCCUAUCAAGUGUGUUUCGAGAAUGGUUCUGGAGCAUGCCCUAGGGCAAUCUUCUAUAAUCAGGUCCUAUAUUUGCAGCCCCCAAAGCUCACUCUGCCCCUUAGACUAUGCUACCAAAAUAUUUGGCAAAAUUGUGAUUUCAGGUGGCAAAAUUACCAGUGGCUUUUAAGAGGUCUGCUAGGCCUCUGUUAAUCUGAAAGGAUUUAUUUCUCCUGAUCUUCAGCUCGGCAGGGUGGUGAGGCUCUACUUAUCUUCUAGGGAAUUCUGGGAGUUGAACUCUUAAAGUUGUUAAGAUUGAGAAACAUUGCUCUUAGUACCAUGCAAAUCCUCUUUAGUAUUUCAAAAUCAAGAUUGCUUCACUAGUCCUUCUGGAAUUAUCCUUUGUUCACUCACUUUUCAAGAAAUAUCCAAUCAUUUCAUCUGCAAAUUACUCCAUUCCAAUGUAAUUCUGAUUUAUGAUUAUU